UCAUGGUUGUAAUCGUGUAUGAACAACCGGAAUUUCUUUAGUUUAUGAUUGGAUCUCCUUUUCUUCCGAGCGAGUGAGAUCCAAAGUGGCGAAAGUCAGGGGAAGAAACAGAACAACGAAAAAAAAAGAACGGAAACAGCAAACGGAAAGCAGCCGAUUGCCGCGCCACGUGUGAGCGGCACGGUUGAUCUUCCCCGCCGAGGGCUAGGCAGCAUUGUAUGUCACUCUCGCGGGCGGAACCAAAAAUGGCGGCAUCCACCACUCCCCUUCCCACGCUCGCUCCCUCUAUCCUCAUUGUAUGUUACUGUCGCCGAGGGCAGCAUUGUAUGUUAUCGCCGUAGAAAGCCGAGGCCGCGGCCGUUCGGUUCACUUUUUUUUUUCCCCUUCUCCUUCUGCUGCACCGCCAAUGCCUCCCACUACCGUCAUGCUGCUACCAGCGUGCACCGUGCUGCUGCUGUGCUGCCGUCUCUCGCCGGCCGCCGCGUCGUCGCCCGGCGAUGUCGGCGGAGGCGGGGCAAGGAGGCUGCUCCACCAGCCAUUGUUCCCAAUCGAGUGGACCCCGCCGCCAUCGCCGCAGCCGGACUUCUCCUCUGACCCGGCGACGCCGGACGGACCUCCUGGCGCCUUCUUCCCUCCCACGCCACCGGUGGCCCCUGCUGGCGGCGGAGGUACGACGACGACGUCCUCGCCAACCACCGUCGCCUCCAACGUCCCGGCCGGCGCCUCGUCAGGGUCUGGUGAUGGCGGCCACCACGGCGGCCCUGCCAAGGGGACCAUCGUCGCGGCGGGGGCGGCCGCGACCGCGGCCAUCGCGCUGCUGGCCUUCGCGUGCGCGUUCCUCAUCGCGCUCCGCGCGCGCCGCCGAGGGGACUCGCAGAAGCUGCUCGGCCCCGACCGUGGGUCCGCGCGCCACCACUCGGCGCCCUCGGCCGCUGACUUCCUCUACGUCGGCACGGUGGAGCCCACCACGCCCGGCCGCCACCACGGGUCCCCCGCCGCCGAUCUCAUUGGGUCCCCGUACCGCAAGCUGCGCAGCGAGCGCGCGCGCCGCGACGAGCCCACCGACAACCUGAGCCCAGAGCUCCGGCCGCUCCCGCCGCUGCGCCGCGCGGCCACAAUGGGCUCCUCUGACGAUGCAUACUACACGCCGCGCCAGCGCUCCGGGGGUUCCGGCGGCGGCGGGGUUGGCGGCGAAACCUGGAGUGAGGCCAGCGCGUCCAGCCCGCCCACCACCACCACCGCGUCCCGCCGAAGCCUCCCCAGCCUCACCAGCGACUGCUUUCCUCCGGUCACGGCUAUUGCUGCGCCGACACCACCCCCUGCGCGGUCCCGUCGUACGCCCCCGCGCACGCGCUUCUCUGCUGGCUCGACCCCUGACAUCAAACAGGUAAUCUCGCCGUCCCCGCGAUCGGUGCAACCAUCCAAAGCACCACCGCCGCCACCUCCUCCACCGCCACCGCCGAAGUCUAUUAUGACAGCUCCAAAACCUCCUCCUCCGCCGCCGCCGCCACCAAUGAUUCCAUCUAAUACCCUCCUGAAGCCCGCGCAGCCGCCUUCCCCUUCCGAGCCGACGUCGCGGCGCCGGUUGCUCAAGCCGUUGCCACCUGAGGGCCCCCGCAUUGCCAUGCCGAUGCCGAUCACGGCGACAACGGCAGAGGAUAGUAUCGGGAGCGCGUCGAUGCGUAAACAGGAUUACGUGGCAGACGGUAUCGUUGGCAACGACGAGCCACGGCCGAAGCUGAAGCCGCUGCACUGGGAUAAGGUGCGGGCGACCUCCGACCGCGCCAUGGUCUGGGACCAGCUGAAGUCAAGCUGCUCAUUCCAGUUGGAUGAGGGCAUGAUCGAGGCAUUGUUCAUGAAUAACUCAACGCCAACCGCGCCGCCGAGAGAUGCGGGAAGGAAGACUACCGUCCCACCGUUCAGGCAGGAGGAGAGGGUUCUUGACCCCAAGAAAGCACAGAAUAUCGCCAUCCUGCUCCGUGCAUUGAAUGUUACACGCGAUGAGGUCUCUGAUGCACUGUUGGAUGGCAACACUGAAUAUUUGGGGACUGAACUUUUGGAGACUUUAGUCAAGAUGGCUCCUACUAAAGAGGAAGAACUCAAACUACAAGAUUAUAAUGAUGACACAUCGAAGCUUGGUUCUGCAGAGCGCUUUCUCAAAUCUGUGCUUGAUAUACCUUUUGCCUUCAAGAGAGUUGAUGCCAUGCUAUACCGAGCCAAUUUUGAGUCCGAAAUAAAUUACUUAAUGAAAUCUUUUGAGACACUAGAGGCAGCCUGCGAAGAUCUUAGAGGCAGCAGGUUGUUCCUGAAACUGCUCGAAGCAGUGCUGAGAACUGGGAACCGGAUGAAUGUUGGCACAAACCGGGGUGAGGCAAAAGCUUUCAAGCUUGACACUCUCCUAAAACUUGCUGAUGUCAAGGGCACUGAUGGUAAAACAACGCUGUUGCAUUUUGUCGUCCAAGAAAUCGUUCGAUCAGAAGAUGCAAAAUCAGAAAAAGAAAGUGCCAUGAUUACCCGUAGCUCUAAAGACGAGCAGUUACGGAAGCAAGGCCUGAAACUUGUCUCUGGGCUUAGCAGUGAGCUAGGAAAUGUCAAGAAAGCAGCUAUGAUGGACUUCGAUGUGUUGCAUGGUUAUGUUAAUAAGCUAGAAACAGGUCUUGAAAAGAUCAAGUCGGUCUUGCAGCUCGAGAGACAAUGCACUCAAGGCCAGAAGUUCUUUUCGACAAUGCAAAGUUUUCUCAAGAAAGCUGAGGCGGAGAUAGAGAAAGUCAGAGGGGAGGAGAAGAGGGCCUUGAUGAGAGUAAAAGACAUCACCGAGUACUUCCACGGUGACACCGUGAAAGAGGAACCGCACCCUCUCAGAAUAUUCAUGGUGGUGAGGGACUUCCUCUCGACGUUGGAUCAUGUCUGCAAGGAGGUUGGCAGGUUGCAGCAGGAUAGAACAGUCGUUGGGUCCGCCAGGUCUUUCCGCAUUCCAGCCACCUCACUGCCAAUUCUAAAUGUGUAUGGACAACGAAGGGAGAACGACUCUGAUGAUGACAAUUCAUCAUUCUAGGACAGCAAGGCUGAGGGAUCGGACAAGUCACAAAGUCACAAAACUGAAUUUUGGAAGGAACAGAGCGCACCAGCUAUGCCAGGUUUAGCUGCUGAAGCGGAUGUCGCAUUGGCAUUUGUCAUGAGGCACACGUUUAACGGUGGGAGGUCGAAGGGGUGGGGGUAGGGGUUAUACUUUUGGAUCCUGUGGGAAUUCUUUUUGUACAAAAGAAAAAUAACAAUAGCAGGUUCUCUCUCUCUCUCCUGCUGGGUGACUUGCAGAAAUUGUGGUUGUGGCUUAGAAAAGCUGCCCACUUUCAGUAAGUAGUGCAAUGCAGCUUCUGGGUUAUGGCCUCUUAUUUAACUAUGCUCAUCUGAUAUAAUACGGGAACAUGUUAUCUCUUAUCUGCAUGUAAAUUUUGCUCUCUGUGAUAUAUAGUAACAUCAAUUUUAA